AGCUGUCAUUGGUGAUGAGUCUUGGGGUCCUCACCCAACCUAACCCAUCCUGACCCUCUACCCCCUCCCUCUCCCUCUCCCUCUCUCUCUCUCUCUCUCUCUCUCGCUCGCUCUCAUGUAAAUAUGGGAGAGUCUGUGAAGGGAUUAAAAUGUGCAAGGCAGGAUGAUAAAACUGCAUUAGUCUUCAUUCCUGCACACCGCAUGCUGGAUUAGAAUUCUAUCUUUCAAAAAAAAAUACACAUCCCCGUGCUUCCUGUCAUGCAAAUGUCAUUUGUCUUUAAGAUGAUGUAAGACAUUAUUGGAGCAUUCUCUCCCUCUCUCUCUCUUUCACAGCUUGGAUCAACAUGAUCUUAAACGUCUGCUGGCCGCACUCAGCACUUUGGAGGGAUGUGGGUGCGCACUGGAGUCCCACUUGCAUCCACUUCUCUGUGCACCGCCUAUGAUACAACAGGAGCAGCUUCCAGCGUCCAGCAAGAGAGGAAGGGUGAGUUUUACGCACUGAUUUUGGACCGUGAGUAGAAAAGAGGUUUUUUUUUCACUUUGUCGUUGGUGGUGAAUUAGAGAGUGAAGACCGGAUUACGUUUCUCUCGAGCCAUCGCAGUGGAGGCGUGUAACACGAUGAGGUUAUGAUCAUCGAUUGUGUUCGCAAAGGAUGCGCCGCGGCCGUGCACAUUUACGCACGGGGUUAAAGGAUUUACACGGGAAAGCCACCUUGGAUGCGCCACAUUGUGAUUGCUUUCCCGGUAUGUUUUUGCACCCCACGACUUGAACUUGCGGGACGCUGACGCCAUUUAGGACUUACAUUGCAAAGCGAGAUUCAAGUGGAGAAGAUGAGCGAAAACUGCAAAACGCAGCCCGCCAAAGAGCCAGGCUCGGUGCAGAGCCCUGCAUCGGAUGUGAUGGAGCUUAACGUGGGCGGACAGGUGUACUACACGCGGCACUCCACCUUGACCGCCUUCCCUAAUUCCCUCCUCGGGAAGUUGUUCUCUAAUAAGAAGGGCUCCUCGAAUGACCUGUCCCGGGACUUUAGAGGACGUUAUUUCAUCGACAGGGAUGGAUUUUUGUUUCGGUACGUGUUGGAUUACCUGAGGGACAAGCAGGUCGUCCUCCCGGACCACUUCCCCGAGAGAGGGAGGUUGAAACGAGAGGCGGACUACUUCCAGCUGCCAGAUUUGGCCAAACUUUUAUCAUCCGAAGAGUCCAAACUCUUCCCAGACGACUACAGCGAUUUGGACGAUGCGUCCAUGGGCAGCGAGCACAGGUUUUAUCCCUCCUACUCUCCGGACAGGAGGUAUGGAUACAUCACAGUGGCUCUCAAGGGCCCGACUGGAGGCAAAGAAAGCGACACCGACUCCAAGGCUAGAAAGUUGCCUCGUAUCUUCAUCAGCAGCAGGAUCGGCUUGGCCAAGGAGGUGUUCGGGGACGCGCUGAACGAGAACAGGGACGCGGACAGACCUCCUGACCGGUACACAUGCAGGUUUUACCUCAAGUUCAAGCACCUGGAGAGAGCUUUUGACAUGCUGUCAGAGAGUGGCUUUCACAUCGUUGCCUGCAACUCCUCCCUGACGUCCUCCUCAUCCACUGGGCAUUAUGUGGAGGACAGGCUCUGGUCCAAUUCGGCACAGUACAUCUUCUACCGUGGGCCCUCACGGUGGUCUUCCUCACACUGCGACUGCUGCUGCAAGAGCCACAAAAGCGAACGCGAGGGCGAAAGCGGCACUUCCUUCAACGAGCUCUCCACUUCCUGCUCUGAGAGCCAAUCGGAGGCCAGCUCCCCUCAGGGGACCGUCAUCUGCGGCCCUGUGAGUCGACGCCCUAAUAUCCAGUCCCUGGAUCGACCCAUGAACAAGGGGCCCGCUCACAUGCUGCAGCAGGCAGAGAUGCGACGUAAAACUGACAUGCUGCGCGUCAGGACCUUCGGAGUCCGCGAGCGAGAGGCUGCGAAGAGGAAAGCCAACAAGGAGAAGAUGACUCCCGAGCAGGAGCUGCAGAAAUGCAUCCAGGACUUCCAUCGCAUUAGGAUUCCCGACCGCUUUCCAGAGAGGAAGUACAUGUGGCAGUCGGAGCUCUUGAGAAAAUAUCCUCUCUAAUUAAGGAGCAGCAUCACGUCACCAUUGGAUAGACAUUAGUUUGCACCCACAAGGGCACAUAUUGUACUAAAAAAUAUAACUACAGGCUGAUUCCGCCAUGUUGUGCAUCCCCACCGCACACACACAACUCUGAUUAUGUCUAUGAGGUGAAACGGAUCCCUCCCUGUUGACAUUUUAAUGUAUCUCUUGACCUCUCCGGAGAGUCCCAACGGAAACGGUGCAUCACAAGCACGGUUCAUAGCGAUCACUAUUUUUAGCGGGUUUCUGCAGGGUCGCGCACACAGUAAGUACAAGGCAGUGUGAGUCAUUGAUUUGUAAAGUGUACCACCGUGUAUGAUAUGCACACGUGUAAAAUCAGGUUACUCCUGUUGGGGCUUACGUCACCAACCUCUCUCCACUUUGGAGGCGGUCUGAAGCAUAAAGCAACCUCAGGGGCAACAUCAUGUCAAGCUACCACCUUCUUUAUGUGCUCUUGUCCAAUUCUUUCCAAAGCAGACGGCGCUGUGAGUCAACAAAGAGAUCACUAUACUCCACGGAUAACACAAACUUGUAGUAGGCUUUGACAAUGGCACUGCAUGUCAUUUCACCAUUAUCAUAGGUAUGCAAUAUCACAAAAGAUGGUGUGAUGGGACGGAGAAAGCACUGCCUGGAUCUGUUUUGCCAUUGUAAAACCUUCCGUCUCAUGUCAUUGUGUGUUGGAUUGAUGACGUUGUGUAUGUAGAGUAUGUAAUGCAAGUGGAUGUUGGACUAAUCUUGCAUUGUAAGUGUGCAUACAAGCAAAUAAAAGGCGAAAAAUUGUAUGGGUUAAUAGUCAACUUUCUUGUGACACACAAUCAAACGUUUACUGCAGUUAUUUGGUUCCAGAAGUUUUGCAAAAUAGGACUCAAUAUUAAUAAAUUGAAUAUUUUCAUAGUUAGAGCAUAGAAAACCUCUUUGUGACUUUCUAAAUACGUUUUUUUUUACCAUUAUUAGAGCCAGACAUGACAUUAUUACACAUGAAAUAACACCCCACAGUCACCAUUAUACUCCUAUUAUUCUUUGUUUACACCACAUUGCUAAUGCGCAGGCUACGGUAUCACUGCAGGGACACAAGAGAUGACCACGGCUUUAAGCAUAGCAUGCUAGCGAGCUAAAAUUAAAAGAGGGUUUCAAACAAAGUGGGGAAGAAGG